CCCCCGGCCCUUCGGCAGGGGCAGGGGAGAUGGCACAGAGCCGCCCUGUUCCGGGGGCCUGGCAGGGAUAAAAGGAGGCAGCGCUCUGGCUGCCCCAGCCUCGUGCUGUCUAGCCCCUGGCAACUGCGUUUCUCCCACUCUGUCGGCUUCCUCUUCCCCACCAUGAGUCGGCAACUGAACUACUUCAAGUCCGGUGGUGACAAGGGCAACUUCAGCGUGCAUUCUGCAGUGGUGCCAAGGAAGACAGUGGGCAACUUGGCCUCUUACCGCACCGUUGGCCAAGGGGCUGGGGCUGGCUUUGGCAGCCGGAGCCUCUACAGUCUCGGAGGGAAUCGGCAUAUUUCUUUCAACGUAGCUGGCAGUGGUGUCCGGGCUGGAGGGUACAGCUUUGGGCAUGGCUCUGGGUAUGGAGGGGGCCGGGCCAGCGGCUUUGCUGGAAGUAUGUUUGGCAGUGUGGCCUUGGGGCCCUCGUGUGCCUCUGUGUGCCUGCCUGGGGGCAUCCACCAGGUCACUGUCAACAAGAACCUCCUGGCCCCCCUCAACGUGGAGCUGGACCCUGAAAUUCAGAAAGUGCGCGCCCAGGAGCGGGAACAGAUCAAGGCUCUGAACGACAAGUUUGCUUCCUUCAUUGACAAGGUGCGGUUCCUAGAGCAGCAGAACCAGGUGCUGGAGACCAAGUGGGAGCUGCUGCAGCAGCUGGACCUGAACAACUGUAGGAAGAACCUGGAGCCCAUUUAUGAGGGCCACAUCAGCAGCCUGCGGAAGCAGCUGGAGACCCUGUCUGGGGACAGGGUGAGGCUGGACUCGGAGCUGAGGAACAUGCGGGACGUGGUGGAGGACUACAAGAAGAGGUAUGAGGUGGAGAUUAACCGGCGCACUGCAGCGGAGAAUGAGUUUGUGGUGCUCAAGAAGGAUGCAGACGCAGCCUAUACGGUCAAAGUGGAGCUUCAGGCCAAAGUGGACUCUCUGGACAAAGACAUCAAGUUCCUGAAGUGUCUGUAUGAUGCGGAAAUCGCCCAGAUCCAGACUCAUGCUAGUGAGACCUCUGUCAUCCUGUCCAUGGACAACAACAGGGACCUGGACCUGGACAGCAUCAUUGCUGAGGUCCGCGCCCACUAUGAGGACAUCGCCCUGAAGAGCAAGGCUGAGGCUGAGGCUCUGUACCAGACCAAGAUCCAGGAGCUGCAGCUGGCAGCUGGCAGGCAUGGAGAUGACCUCAAACACACCAGGAACGAGAUGUCAGAGCUAAACCGACUCAUCCAGAGGAUCCGCUGUGACAUUACCAAUGUGAAGAAGCAGGUGGGCAGCUACUACCCUGCAAAGACCACUGAGACUGAGUUUCCUUUCUGUGAUGGAGAUACUGGGGUCAACCUUUAAGAAGAAGCAAGUUCCCUCUCCUGGGCUUAGGAGCCCCUGGGACAUUACGGUUCCUCUCCCCCACCCUGCCU